AUGGCGGCGGCGGCGGCCGCGCGGGCUGUGCCUGUGGGCUCGGGCCUCCGGGGCCUGCGGCGGACGCUGCCCCUGGUAGUGAUUCUCGGGGCCACCGGCACCGGUAAAUCCACCCUGGCGCUGCAGCUCGGCCAGCGGCUCGGUGGCGAGAUCGUCAGCGCUGACUCCAUGCAGGUCUAUGAAGGCUUAGACAUCAUCACCAACAAGGUUUCCCUCCAAGAACAGAGGCUCUGCCAGCAUCACAUGAUCAGUUUUGUGGAUCCUCUUGUGACAAAUUACACGGUGGUGGACUUCAGGAACAAGGCAACUGCUCUGAUUGAAGAUAUAUUUGCCCGAGACAAAAUCCCAAUUGUCGUGGGAGGAACAAAUUAUUACAUCGAAUCUCUGCUCUGGAAAGUUCUCGUCAAUACCAAGCCCCAGAAGGCGGACACAGAGAAAGUAGUUGACCGGAAAGUGGAGCUUGAAAAGGAGGAUGGCUGUGUGCUCCACCAGCGCCUACGCCAGGUGGACCCAGAAAUGGCCGCCAAGCUGCACCCACAUGACAAGCGAAAAGUCGCCAGGAGCUUGCAAGUAUUUGAAGAAACGGGAAUCUCUCAUAGUGAAUUUCUUCAUCGACAGCACGCAGAAGAAGGUGGGGGUCCCCUUGGAGGCCCUCUGAAGUUCCCUAACCCUUGCAUCCUCUGGCUUCAUGCUGACCAGGCAGUUUUAGAUGAGCGCUUGGAUAAGAGGGUGGAUGACAUGCUUGCUGCUGGUCUUUUGGAAGAACUAAGAAGUUUUCACAGGCGCUAUAAUCAGAAGAAGGUAGCUGAAAAUAGCCAGGACUAUCAACAUGGUAUCUUCCAAUCAAUUGGCUUCAAGGAAUUUCACGAGUACCUGACCACUGAGGGGAAAUGCACACCAGAGACUGGUAGCCAGCUUCUAAAGAAAGGUAUUGAGGCUCUGAAACAAGUGACUAAGAGAUAUGCCCGGAAGCAAAACCGAUGGGUUAAGAAUCGUUUCUUGAGCAGACCUGGUUCCAGUGUCCCCCCAAUAUAUGGCUUAGAGGUAUCUGAUGUCUCAAAGUGGGAGGAGUCUGUUCUGGAACCCGCUCUAGAAAUCGUGCGAAGUUUCAUCCAGGGCCACAAGCCUGCAGUCGCUCCAAUCAAGAUGCUAUGCAGCGAGACUGAGAACAAGAGAAGUUAUCACAUGUGUGACCUCUGUGGUCGCAUCAUCAUCGGGGACCGAGAGUGGGCAGCACAUCUAAAAUCUAAAUCCCAUGGCUACCAACUGAAGAAAAGAAGAUUGGACUCAGGUGCUGUCCCCACUUCAGGCAGUCCGAAUGUUUCUUGGGAGUGUGUUAGAGAGAAUGGAUCCUCGGGGCAGAAUGAUCCGGAGCUGACCGCCGGCCUUUAAGAGACAUGGCUCUUGGCCUGUGCAGAGGCGGAGUGGAUCCAGUCUGGGCUGAGCUGUGUAGCACAGCAUGUAGCCACCAUUUUGUCUCAUUCCGGAUGCUAUGACUCCCAGGUCUUGUGCUCCUCUGUCAUGGCAGUAGCAGGUCUUGUCAGCGCCUCUGUGACUGAUGUGUCUGGUGAUGAUGCACUUCAGGGAAGGAUUGUUUGUUUCUUUUCUCCUUUUUUAACCUUAAAGUUUCUAUUUUUAAAAGUGGCACAGAUUGUACUUUUUUACCCAUGAAGGUCUUUUCAGUGGCGAGUAGCGGGAUUCACCCUACCCUCAAAAGAAGCUUUAUGUCCCUGGCUCUCACUUGAAAUAGCUGACUUCCAGGCACUUCAGUGGAUGACUGAAGUACUGUGAGCUACAAAUCAGGAGUUCAGGAUUUGAGUAAAAGACCAGGAAGAACCAGCCCUGUGAGGUGAUCAAGUGGACCAGAGUAGUGUUUGGAAUUCCAUGGAAAAGGAGGGACUUAGAUCUAGGUGGUGGUGGUCAUGGAACUUAAUGGCUCUCAAACUUGGACAUUUUUUGCACUACUCCUGUGUGGUCAACGAUUGUGACUUUUCUGUUGAGUUCAGAGUCUCGUAUGUUUUCACUGAAAGUUAAAGUAUUUGUAAGAGCUUCUUUUGCCGUGUUUGUGGUGGGGGGUGGUCUGCUAUCAACACGACAGCCCUGCUUCAGAUUUGGCACUUCGUGUUGUAAUGCUCUCCAUUUAUUUACUGCAUAAAUGCUUGUUGGAAGAUAA